AUGCUCUGUGAAAUUUGCGACCAGAUCCCAUUUGGCGACUUGCCCUCGGAAGAGCAAGACGCUAUACCGCACCAACCCAGCCUUGACGCCUUAGAGGCUUCCAAGGAGUCGUGUCAAAUAUGCAGUCUCAUCUGGUGGGCGGCCGGCUGCUCCUUGGUGGAUGUGGGUGGAAUGGUGGGUUUCAGACCAGGCGUCGGGUACCCUUCAGGUCGCAGCAUCAUGACCCAAGAGACGGAGAGCAAUUACAGCCACCUGGGAGGCAUGCGCGCCAUGGAGAAUGGGGCGUCAAUGUUCGAUAACUCUGGUCCAGAGCCUGACUUGCGCGAACCUGCUUUCUUGAACCCUCGCGCUCGCUUUCCGGCCGACGACAAGAGCAGUAGCAAGAUCCGACCGUGGCUGUUUGGCAGCUGGUACAAGUCGCCCUUCACAGACAGACGGCUGCAGUUGAUAGGGCUAGGCGUGAGGCUCGGGACGGGCCCCAGCGUCGAGGAAGCAGAAGGCAAUAGCAACGAGAACGUCCGCAUAAGGGGAACUUUCCUCAGGAUCCGCACAGAUGAUGAUUCUGAUCUGGCCAAAACGGUGCCCGGGCGGCUCCGCACAAACGAUCAAGGCUCUGCGAUAGCAACCCAACGAAUCAAGAAUUGGUUGAAAGAUUGCAAUGACGGCCAUAACUGCAAACGAAGUCAUUCGUGUGCGGACAAAGACGCGUCUCCACCACUGCCGACUCGAGUCCUCGACGUCAACGGCCAAGGAGAUACCAUUCGCCUCGUCGAGACCACCGACCAGCGCGGACACUACGUGGCCCUGAGCCAUUGCUGGGGCCUCUCGCAUAGGAUCACCACAACAAAGAAGACGUACGCAGACCAUCGCGAAGGUAUCCCACUCGAGGACCUCCCAGCAACUUUCCAACAAGCCGUAACCAUUACUCGCGAGCUUGGAGUCCCUUACCUGUGGAUUGAUUCCCUGUGUAUCAUCCAGGACGACGAGUUUGACUGGGAAACAGAGGCUUCCAGGAUGGGCUUCGUCUACUUUUCUUCGUACCUGACACUGUCCGCCAUGAGUUCUGCAGAUGAUUCCUCCGGCUGCUACCGCGAUGCGUCAAAGCCAAUUGAAAUAACCUUUUCCAGACCGUACAUCUCAGCCGACACCUUAUCCACUGGAAGACGAAGUAUACCUCUCGCCGCGCCUCUGAUAGUCGACUACGCAGGUGAUGGCGUUACCUGCAGGACAUUCACUAACAUGUUCGGCAUGCGUGGUAACCGCAAAUCUCGUGUGUACCUCACGCCAGAGUGGAUGCCUUCGUCUUUGAAACAGAAACCAAGGAUAUAUGUCGUUGGAAGCUUUGGAGCAUCAGUCCAGCCGUUGAAGCACGAACCCUUGAACAAGCGUGGCUGGACACUUCAAGAGCGACUGCUUUCUCCCCGUACGUUGCAUUUUGGGACCGAGGAGCUGUACUGGGAAUGCGAGCAAUAUGUGCUGGCGGAGGAUGGGGCACUUUUGCAAAGAGAGUUUCCGACGUUAUUGAAGGUCGUCAGAUCAAGAAGAGACUCGAUUUCCGCCGCCCAGGGCUCCACCUCCAAAACCAACGACGGCGAGGACAGCAAGAGAAACCCCUGGCCCAACGUCUGGCUCAGUCUCAUCGAAGAAUACACUUCUCGGAACCUGACCCGAGAUCAAGACAAACUGCCUGCCUUGUCAGGCGUGGCCAGCCUUGUUGGGGGCCUGACGGAAGACGAGUACCUCGCCGGCCUGUGGCGCAACGAUGUCCUUCAGAACCUCUCCUGGUCUGUCGAAACGUUCGAGCCGACUCACCAGUGCGAUGACCCGGCGCAUGACGCGGCAAUGCCUCCCGCGUCCAAGUCAGAGGUGAGGUAUCCGCCAAACUACCGCGCGCCUACCUGGUCCUGGGCGAGUCUCGACGGCAAGGUGAUUUUCCAUUCACUGAAUCAUAAGAGUCUGAAAGCUCGGUGUAUCUGUGCGCAUGUGGAUAUUGCGGGAAGAGAUAAGUAUGGCAGGGUCAAGAAGGGAUGGAUCACGCUCGAGGGCCCGCUGUACCUCCUCCAAGCUGGAGAAUCGGAUGCAAAAUAUCGCAGACUCCAUCCGUUCUCGACCGAAGUGGACUUUCUCGUCGCUGGCGACGCCAACAAGGCAGCACGGCAUGGUGGCGGAAGUGCAACCUUCGACGACAAGCCGUAUUUCCCGAGCUUUGCCCUCAUGCUCGAUAGUCAGCAGGGCCUAAUCCUCAAAGCCAAGGAGCCCUGGGAGUUUGUCAGGAUUGGAAGUGUGAGGUAUUGGCCCAUGCCAGGAGGUGUAAAUGGCCAUGAUAAUAGUAAUCCUAUGGGAGUCAAUAAGUCCAGCUACUCGACGGCUGAAAUUACUGCGCUGUCGGUAGCCAAAGGGACGGCGCAGAAGAUCACCAUUUACUGA